AAAUUAACAUCUGAUCCGAGUUUUGUUGUCUUCUUCGUGUCCAUGCCCUUGUCCUUGUGAGAGAGAUCGAACUUUCUCGGGUUUAUUUGUGUAUCAUCGUGUUCAAGGUUAGUGUGUAACACCAGUGAAAGACCUAAAUUUGAUAUUUGGAGCUCCAUCAAUGGCUUCAUUGCUAGCUCGCAGGUCGUUCAAUGCUCUCCGCGCCCGACAUCUCGUUUUUUCAGGGCAGGGACCUCAUCUCUCUGCGCUACAAUCCCGUGCUAUAUCGUAUGGCACUAAUAAAGAUGAUGAAGAAGCUGAGCAACUUGCUAAGGAGAUCUCCAAGGACUGGAGCACUGUCUUUGAGCGGAGCAUGAACACUCUAUUUCUCACUGAAAUGGUCCGGGGUUUGUCGCUGACCCUCAAGUACUUCUUUGAUCCAAAAGUUACUAUCAAUUAUCCUUUUGAAAAGGGUCCACUGAGCCCUCGCUUCCGUGGUGAGCACGCUCUUCGAAGGUAUCCAACUGGGGAAGAACGCUGCAUUGCUUGCAAACUCUGUGAAGCUGUAUGUCCAGCUCAAGCAAUCACCAUAGAGGCAGAGGAGAGGGAAGAUGGAAGCCGCAGAACCACUAGGUAUGAUAUCGACAUGACAAAGUGCAUCUAUUGUGGCUUUUGCCAAGAAGCUUGCCCUGUUGAUGCAAUCGUCGAAGGACCCAACUUUGAGUUUGCAACCGAGACUCAUGAGGAACUUUUGUAUGACAAAGAGAAGCUUCUUGAGAAUGGAGAUCGGUGGGAGACAGAGAUUGCCGAGAAUCUGAAGUCGGAGAGCCUCUACCGCUGAAUGUUUCCGAAGGUCUUUCGCCUGAUUUAUUGGUUUGAAUAAAGAUACUGAUGUGAAAACUGGGGUUGGUUUUGUUUACGGUUUAAAUUGGACCAUAAAUACCAUACCGAACACUUUGGAAUAUGAAGUUAUGAUUACAUGGA